AUGAAGGGAUUCGACAAAUCGCAAAAUGGACUCCUCCCUAUCCAUGUAUUGGUCGAUGCUAAAGGAUUUAUAUGGGUCAACCUUGAUAGUUCUGAGAAACCUAGAAUCCCUUGGUCGGAGGAUUUCGAAGGUAUUGACCAGCUUCCAAGACAUGAGCGAUUCGACUUCGACGACUAUAAAUUCGACCAUACCAGGGGUAUGAGCGGUGAUUACAAUUGGAAGACCCUUGGAGAUAAUUACAAUGAAUGUUAUCAUUGCCCUACUGCGCAUCCAGAUGUUGGAACUGUAGCUGAUCUGCAAGCCUAUAAAGUGGAAAAUAAAGGUGGCAACAUCCAGCACUUCGCCGGUACUACUCCUGACCAGGAAAGUGAAGGUCUGCUUGUCGUGAGCAACUACUUCCCUAACGCUUGCAUGACUGUCACGUAG